UAGUACCUAGUAAAUUACCACAUUGAUGAUUAUUAAGUAACAUUCUAAACUACUGACUAUUAUUAUUGUUUUUUUAAUCUUAUAUUAUGUGGGAAUUAACGCUGACCUAAUAUACCGGAGGUAACUGUUAGCUGUUGUCUGCAAGCUAAGAAUGGAGAGAGAUCAACGUUUUAGCUUCAAGCUGUUGGUGCCUCCCAGGGUGAAUAACGGACCAAUAUCUGCGGUUCAACCUCGAGAAAUAGUUGAAGACAGAGGCGAUUUCAUGAAAGCAUUGCAACCUAGUUACAGUGAAUGCUUUGACAAAGAGAAAAACAUCCUGUUCCCCAAUACAAACGUGGUUGCACCAACUAAACCACCCAAACAAGACUUUCUGAAGAUGAAACUCAUGCAACCAAUGGAGAAAGACGAGAAUAAUAGCAAUCCUGGUCAGCUUUAUUCAAAGCUGUUUGAUGAAGUUGAGAAAAUUAAGUGUUGGAAGGUUAAAGUUUAUUCUGACACUGUGGAAAAGGAAAGAAGGCUACAAGAUAACAAAAGAACAAUUGAAACACAGCGCAAGGCAAUUCAGGAGCUGCAGUUUGGAAAUGAAAGUCUCAGCAUAAAGCUGGAGGAACAGAUUAGUGAAAAUGAGGAACUGAGGAACAAAAACAAUUCAACAUGGAACUUGUGCAAUAUACUCAAGGAAACCUUUGACUCAUCAGUUGAGAAAAUACAUUUAUUUGAAGCUGAAAGAGAGGAAACCCACGACCUCCUUACUGAAAACAACGAAAGUGUUAAGAAACUGAUUGCUGCAUUUGAAAGCCUACGUGUCCGAGUAGAAACUGAUCAGCAAGAGAUGGAGAAAGUCAAAGAAGACUUACUGCAAUUUGACCAUCUACAAAAGAAAUACCAGCAGGAAUUUCAGAUAAAACAGGAAGAGAUAACCAUGUUUCAAAUAAAACUUAAGGAUAAGGAAACCGAACUGCAGAAACUCCUGCUGGACUUCGAUGAAACUCAGAAGCACUGCAAUGAACUUCAACAGUCAACAAAUCAUCAAUUUGAACUUCUCAAAAGUGCAAAAGCUGAACAGGAGUCUCUUCUUCAACAACUGGAUAUUGCUGAGCAGCGCUGCAGGGAGACUGAGAAAAAUCAGGAAACUACUGCUGCAGCCUUGGAACAAAGUAAAAAGGAGUAUGCGGAGAUCAUCCAAAACAAAGAUCUCAGUUUACAGGAGCUCAACAAAGUCAAAAACCAGCAAGCAGAGGAGCUAGAGUGCAUUCAGUCAACCAUUCAAGAGCUAAAGACUUCACUAGCACUAGAGAUACAGAGGGCCAAAGAGCUUGAGGAUAAACUUAUAAAAAACAACACUGAACUUGAAAGGAGAAACACAGUUUUAGGAGAAACCAUCGACCAGGCUACAAAAAAAGAUGGCCUAAUCCAAAUUCUCAAAGAUGAACUGGACACAAAAUCUAAAUCUAUUGAGUCAGUGAAGGCUAAAAUUCAGUUCACUCAAGCUAAAAUGGAGGAACUCAUGGCUGAGCUUUCAAAGAAAACUGAAGAAAUCCACUUGAUUAAGAAAGAAGCAGAUAAUGCUUUUGCUGAAAAUGACUCACUGAAAAAGGCUUGUGAAGCUGCUGAAAAGGAAAAAGAACAUUUAAAGGAGAAGUCCACUUUGACUCAGAUCAAAGUGCAGGAGCUGGAGGAACAGCUGUGUACUGAAAUGAAGAAAAAUAAGGAAUGCAACUUUCAGAUGGAGCAGAUGAGGAAAGACAUUUUGCAAAAUGAAGUAAAGUAUGAAGAGCUAUUAUCAAACUUUAAUGAGCUGCAGUCUGAGAAGACAGCCAUUCAAGAGCAGUUUGAAAAUGGAUUCUCUAAUGUGAAAGCUAUUGAGGCAAACAUGAAGGUGAGUGAGGAGAAGGCAUUAAAACUCAAAGGAGAAAUUCAAACACUGGAGGAAAAAAACAAGACUUUACGAGAUGAAUUAACUACAGUCAAAACCCAAAUCCUGGGGAAAUGUGUACAAACAGAAACUCUGCAGAAGCAAAUCAAAGAAAAGUAUGAGCAACUUCAGGUAAAAAUCACAGAAAAAGAAAAACAGAUCAAAGCUGUGGAAACAAAGCUGUGCAAACUCACAAAAAAAUAUGAAAUUAAAUUUAAAGCCCAGGAGGAAUACAAGAAAGAGAAUAAAAUGCUUAAGAAACAAAUGGCACAGGAGAUUGCAAAAUCCAAUGACCUUGAAACAACGAUCAACAGCCUUCAAAAUGAGUCCCAGUACCUUAAACAACUCAAAGGAGAAGAACAUGAGAAACUGCUCAAGGAUCUUGAGUCAAAAUCGACUUUUGCAGCAGAACUUGAGAAAGAGGUCCAGAAACUUAGAAUUACAGCAGCAGAAGCCAUUAAGAACAAGGAGGCCACAGAACUUAAAUGCCAGCAUAAGAUUGGAGAUAUGGUCACUCUGAUGGAAAAACAUAAGAGCCAGUAUGACCGGAUGGUCCAAGAAAAGGAUGCAGAGCUUGAAGAGAAGAAGAAGAAUGAGAUGGAGGCGACUGCCCGUGCAAAAUCACUGGAAUUGGACCUCUCAAAGCAUAAGACUGAAAAUGAGAGGCUGAAGAAAGAACUGAAGGCAGAAACAAAAGAGAAGGAAAACCUCAGGAACAAAAUAAGUGAUCUGAAGCAGGAAAUGUCUGUUGUGAAAAGCACUCUGCUGUCACAAGGGAGCGACAAACAGGCAGCUGCCAUAAACUAUAAACAAGGGAACAGUUCCGAGCUUCCAAAAGAGAACUCUUCAAAGAGUCACACAUUUGACUUCUUCAAGGCCAAGAAAACUUCCUCCUACAGCAAAGAUGGUCAGAGUUUGGCCGCUCGUAUGAUAGAUGAAUCUGCCAGUGAAUCUAUCAGAGCAUCAUGUGGAACACCAAAAUCCAAGUGCAUCAACAGUGAAGACAUGAAAACCCCAAGAAGUCUUACAAACCAUACUGCCGGAACAACAAAGAUCAAAUCCUACAGAAUAAGGACUCCCCCUUCUGAAAAGUCAGCACAGUGGGGAAAGAGCGCCAUUGAACUUGACCCCAAGUCUGACAGCUCAGAUCAAAAUGAUCUCUUGACCUUUACAAAUGUACCUGAACGUAAAAGUUCAGAUUCACAAUGUAAACUCCACAUUCUCAAAAAGAAUCAGAGCCCACUCGUUCAUAAAUCACCAGGAAACUCCUUAAAGGUGGCUGCAAUGAAAAGAAUGAGAGAUGCUGGUUGGACUGCUGUUACUGGCUGUGACAAAAAAAAGAAGAAGACCAAUGAGAAGAUUUUUGCCUAAGUAUGGCUGUUAGGUCAGAUUAGCAGUAAUAACAAUAUUGGUAGAGGUGGGUGACUUAAAAUACAGUUCUAUUGAGAAUUAAUAAAUAAUAGACAAUUGACUGAAUAACAAAUAGACUAAUAAUAACACAAAAAUAUGCAUGGAAUAUGUUUCUGCAGUUCAACUAAAACAUAGUGUCAAUGAGAAGGUUUUGGUGUUAAGAUGCCAACUUUUAGUAAGUUUAUUUAUAGGUGUUUAGGGGUGUAUUUUAACUGACUACAGAGUCACUGUGUUAUUUAUUACUUUGUUGUUGUGCUGUUUGGAAUAACCCAUCUUUAAUGUUAACAUAAAAUCUAAUAUGUUUUAUCACAAGGUUAUAUUGCUGAUCUUUGACAAUUUCUAGUUGUUACAAGUUACUCUGUUAAUAUAUUUAUGUAUUCUGGUUUUGUACAAGUAAAAGCAAUGUUCUCAAAAA